AGGCGGGAAAGGGUUGCUGAAUGACUGAGGCGGAUCACAAGAAAAGCUUGAACGGGGCUGCAGUUUCAGAACUGAGGCAGGCAGGAGCCGCCUCAGAGAAAUUGCUCGCUGUCAGCUUUUCCCGCUGUCUCUCUCUCUCACUCUUUUUCUUUUUGGAAGGGUCUCUGUAGUGAUCCGGAAGUUUGUCGUGGCUUAAAGGCCGUAUUUACUACGGCGCCAUUUUAUUUUAAUAGCAAUGACUUAAACAGCGUGGUGCGCGGGCGACCAGACUAUACGUCUAUUAGCCUUAUUUACGCCAUUAAAAAUAAAACAAACCGAAAAGUUAGGGGAGACUGAAGAGUAGGAGAUCUUGUGUCAUAUAAGGUUACAAAAUGAAUGACAUAGUCUUAAACAACUUGGACAAACUACUACUGCAGCUUGUUUUUCAGGUUGAGCAAGCAUCUUACUCCAAGGAACAUGAGAGACAACAGAUACAAAUAUGUACUGCAAUUAUUGUGGGGAAAAAAGGUGAGAUCUGUCAGCUACAGGAAGAUAUUAACAAGAAUGAUGAGGUGAUUGUUAACCUACACAAACGAAACAACAGCUGCAAAGAGAAUUGUAAGGUCUGGAAACCAACAUACAUGAUUCUUAAUAAACAUGAACAAUAUUUGCAGAAGGAAUUUCAGAAGUGCCAAGAAACAACAGAAAAAGAUAAGAAAGUGUACCAAGAUUACACAGAUCAGUAUCAAGAAACUUUUAAGCAGCACAAAGAAAAAUAUUUAGAAACUGCAGCUGUCCAGGAAUAUUACCAGGAAAAAAAGGAAUUUGAAGAAAUCCAAAAUCGAGUUCUGAAGCAGUGUGAACUACUUAAGCAGAAAGAAGCUGAAGUGAUAGAUCUUCAAGAACCUGGUGCAUUUCAGUCACUUUCACACUGGGCAUCCCAGAUUGCUUCUUUGAGGCACAACACAAAAGAAAUUCUUAUGCAUGCAGAGGUUCUCAGGCAACAAUCACUUGAACUAGAGAAAACAGCAGAAGAGCUCCAAAAGAAAAUGAAUUCUUUCAAACAGCAACUUGAAAAAAGUAAAGAAGAUCAAAAUCAUCCUGAAGUGAUAGAAAAAGAGAGAGCAAAUGAUUUAGAAACAAGGAAGGCAUUUGAUGAAAGCUUGUUCAAAGAGAGUCAUCAUUUGUUAAAUGAGAAACAUCAGAUGUAUAAAUCAUUACAGCUUCCUAGCAUUUCUCAGAAAUUAGUCCGAAGUGUCCCAACUCUGAAGCCAUUGUUUCAGCACACAGAGACAGGCAUGGAGGAGAGAGAAGAGUCUGCAGGACAUUCAGAAGUGACCAGUACAUACUUCAGCAAUGUGGAAAAUGAAAAACAGAAAUGUAACACCAUAAGAACGAACAAUGCAAAAACUACCCAGCUUUCAUCUAUAACAAGCUUACAAAAUCAAACACCAUUCAGGUUGCUAGCUUAUCAGAAGCAAACAAACGACAAGCAGUGGUUUGAGGCUGAGGCUGCAGAAAGAGAAAUACAAGUUGACUAUAUGGAAGAAGGAGGAGGAAACAGGGCAAAGGAUUCUGAAUAUGCAUCUCAAGCAAAAGCUGACAGUUAUUCUGCAGAAAGAGAAGAAGGUGCUGAAAAUUUUCCAAGAAUUCCAGUGCCAAAGACACCUGAUUCUAGUGUGAUGAAAACUCCAUUUGAAUUAAUUCAGUCAGAAAGAGAAGGAUCGAUGUCAGAAUCGCCUGCUUUUUCUUUUCUUUCUGGCUUUACUGCAAAGUCCCCUGGAUUUAAUUUCUUUGAUUCUUCUGCAUUUGGAGCUGAAAUUUCACUCGAUCAGUCAGGUGAAGACUAUUCUUCUGGAAAUUUAAAUCCUAUUUCCCCACACAAAGAUAUUGGAAAUUUAUUUGGGAAAAUGGACAGCGAGGAUUCACUUGCAUUUUCCUUUCCAUCGUGUUCUUCCGCUCAAGCUUUUCAAGAUGGGAAAGAUGACUUCAGUUUCCCCUUUGCGUUCCAAUCAUCCCAGCCUGCCUCCCUAAAAGGUUUUCAGUCUUCCUCACAAAGCAGAAAACAAUUUUCACUUUUUUAAAUAUGUUCCUUGAUUGGGCUUAGAGUUUUAGUGCCUUAGCACGUUUUUCAGCUUCCCACCUAAAACAAAAGAAGACGAAGAAAGAAAAAGAGAGCAUAAAUAUUUUCAUCCAAGUGAUGACUGGUGAGAUUUUAAAUGGAUCCAAUUAAAACAGUUUAAAGUUACUGAUUCAGUGUAUUAAAACUUUUGAUGAACUUUUGUUACGGGGCGCUGCAGUGUAAGCUUCAAAUUUUGAAAUAGCCUCUUCAACAGGUUUGGUGCUAUAUAUUAUUAAGAUCUUUACUAUCAAUUUUAUAACUACACCUAAAAAUUGUGAGCAAUUUUAGUAAAAUUGUUAGAAGUCAUUAUAGCAACAAAAUACUU